AUGUCGGAAACUGCAGUGCUUGUGGUCAAGAUCUUGGCUGCGUGCUCGUGCACCGUCAUGAUCCUUAGUCCGUCCAUCUUGAUCUCUCGCAUUGUCAAGCAGAAGGACGUUGGCGCAGCGUCGGUCAUUCCACUCGUGACGUUGUUUGCGAAUUGCCACGUCUGGGCCCUCUACGGCUACCUGACAAAGGACUGGGUCCCCAUUUUCUGGAUCUACUUCCCAGGCGAAGCCGUUGCCAUCGUCUUCCUCGCUCUCUACUGGAAAUUCACUACAGAGCGACGUGAUGUCACUCGAGUGCUACUGGUGACCGUCGCUCUAUUGGCGCUCGUCUCGAUCUAUGCAGGAAUUGGGAGCUUGGGCUACACGAACCAGUCCCAAAAACAGGUCGACGCCAUCAUCGGCGUUUUCGCCGACAUUAGUGCCAUGUGCAUGUACGCCUCCCCCAUGGAGAAGCUGCUCCAAGUGCUCAAGUACAAGUCGGCUGCCUUUCUGAACUCCCAUAUGGUCAUCGCAGGGCUUACGAACAAUUGCCUCUGGUGCGCAUACGGCACCUUGACUGGGAACUGGUUCAUUAUUGCACCCAGCAUUAUCUUUGUCUCGCUCAAUACCUUCACGUUGAUACUGUGCGUUGUCUUCAAUGCCAAGACGCACCCUCUUCCAGCUGAUUUCCACAUCCAGCGACGCAUGAGCGACGUCCCUUCAGCUCCGGCUGCGGAAGCGUCAUCAAAGAUGAGUGCUGUCAGCUACAAAGCCGAUAGCACGUUUCCAAGCCCGGCGUUUGAAGCUCUUCACUCGCCGUUAACGUCCAUUCACGUAACGAAGGGGCUUUCUUGA